AUGCUUACAAAUGCGAAGUCAUUCGUAAGCGGACGGUCCAAGGGUCGCUUUUGCCGCGGCCAUGGCUCAAUAAAGGACAAUCCAAUCCUUAGAGAAGCCUGCAUCCCACCGGUGAAGCAUCUUGCGAGGGACAGCAUCUACUACCUUUUGACCAGCCUUGUCAGCAACCAGGUCACGGAAGCUUGGCCGGAAAGACGUACUUCAUUACCGGCGCUAAUCGUGGCCGCACAAGUCUUUCUGAGCGGCCCCAAAGGCGCGGGCACCAAGGUGAUCCUUGUCCAGAUCAAUUCCGCCUCCCGGAUUGAUCCCUUUGAUGCUAUUCGAGAGAUCCAGGACAAAACGGUCGACCAUAUUGACGUUGUCAUAUCCAGUGCCGGCAUCGCCAAGCUAAAUACCGUCGAAGACUUACCACUAGAAGAGCUGGAGGAGGUAUUGGCCAUGAACGCAUUCUCUGUAUUGCUAUUGUACAAGGCCACACUGCUCGCUUCGCCUUCUUACUCAGGUUCAAAGGCACUUGCGAAUGUCUUGGUUGUCAAGAUGGGUAUGGAGAACGACUGGCUUAUUACGCUUUGCAUUCAUCCCGGGAGAGUGCAAACUGACAUGGGCAACAUGGCCGCCCGAGCGUUUGGUUUCGAGAAAGCCCCUGUUACCCUUGAACAGUCUUCCAAAAACACGGCGUAUAUCAUGAGCAGACGUCUGAAGUUGAAUAUUUUGGAUGCUAGUGGCUAG